CUUAUUAAUAUCUGUUAUUUGUGUAAAGUAUUAUAUACCAAUCUGACAAAUGACAUUGUCACUGUUGAGAGAAGUGCUAUUCACGCACCGGUUUUACUCAGGCAUCGCGGUUCUUCUGUUAUCAUUCGAAUUCAUAAUAAACUAUCAGAUCAUCCAGCGGGUUCAGUACACAGAGAUCGACUGGAAGGCGUAUAUGCAGGAGGUAGAUGGCGUAAUUAAUGGCGAGCGCAACUAUUUGAAUCUCAAAGGCGACACUGGGCCACUCGUGUAUCCGGCAGGAUUUGUCUGGGUCUACCAGCUGCUCUUCCAGAUUACCAGCGGCGGGAUUAACCUGCGGCUGGCGCAGUACAUCUUCAUGGGUGUAUACUUGGCCACCCUGGCCGUUGUCCUGGUGAUUUACAAGCACACGCGCAUUCCUCCAAUACUGCUGCCCUUGCUGGUUGUGUCCAAAAGACUGCAUUCGAUAUUUGUGCUUCGCCUGUUCAACGACACUAUUGCCAUGCUGUUUGCUUACGUGGGCAUAGCGGCUUUGACUGGUUCAAGGAGAUGGAUGUGGUACUCGGGUGUGUUUUUGAGCCUGGGAAUUUCAGUGAAGAUGAAUGUUCAACUGAUGCUUCCGGGUGCGGCGUACAUAUGGUGGCGGAGGGGUGGGGUGGUAGCAGUUGGGGCACAGUUGGCAGUUAUUGUUGCUAUCCAGGCUGUGCUGGCCGCGCCAUUUUUGUCUGUAUAUCCCAAGGAGUACAUGGCCAGAGCGUUUGACUUUGGGCGGCAGUUUGACUACACGUGGACGGUCAAUUGGCGGUUCAUAAGCAAGGACGUAUUUUUGUCAACUGACUGGUCAACCACACUUCUUCUUGCUCACGCUGUAUUUUUGGCAAUACUAGGACUAUCCGUGUGGCCGCAAAUGUCGGGGAGCACCGCCUAUGCGGUGAUUAAGAGCGGUUUUCGGCGCCACACUGGUGCCCGCAAUGACAGGGGCAGCAGCGUGAGCGCGGACGAGGUUAUCGCCGUGAUGUUUACUGCUAACUUUGUCGGCGUGGUUUGCGCGCGGUCCCUGCAUUACCAAUUUUACUCUUGGUAUUUCCAUAUGCUACCGUACUUGCUGCAUAUCUCUUGCCUGCCGCUGGUUGCGCAGUUUGUCGCUUGGGUGGUUGUCGAGUACGCGUGGAACGUUUACCCGUCCACUAGCAUCUCGUCCCUGGUGCUACUUGCGACUCAUUUGGUGCUGUUGAUCCAAAUACUGCGCGGACCAUCCGCAAAUGUCAAAAGGGUCAAAAAGGUGCAGCCCAAGGAGCUCUAACCAUAUCGACUAUCUAUAUAU